AUGCAGACUGCUUCUACAAACAUUUGUGAAAGAAUGGGUCACUCUCAAGAGCUCAGUGAAUUAUGGCGUGGUACCGUGAUAGGUUGCCACCUGUGCAAUAAGUCCAUCCGUGAAAUUUCCUUGCUACUAAAUAUUCCACGAUCAACUGUUAGUGGUAUUAUAACAAAGUGGAAGCAACUGGGAACAACAUCAACUCAGCCACGAAGUAAGUGGGGUCAGCGCAUGCUGAAGCUCACAGUGCGCAGAAGUCACCAACUGACUGCAGAGUCAAUAGCUAAAGACCUCCAAACAUUGUGUGGCCUUCAGAUUAGCACAACAGUGCGUAGAAAGCUUCAUGGA